CCAGAUUUAUGUCGUACAACUAUAUUGAAAUCAUUGUUAUAGAUGCACUGCUGACUGGACAUUCUUCUGAAGAACAAACCCUCCAUACAAGAACUGGAGGAAAUAUUGUUGUGGAAUGUUCCUUCCCUCACUCUGGGAACAGGAUGUACUUCUGCAAGGAAGAAUGUAAAAAAGAAGACGUUCUUGUUGAAACAACUGAUUUUGAAGCUGAGAAAGACAGAUACAGCAUCAGAUAUGUAAAAGGAUUUUCAUCAGGAGGAUUUCUGUAUGUGAGCAUCAGUCAGCUGACCAAGUCUGACUCAGGACGAUAUGUGUGCGGUCUGGACAGAUCUCAAAGUCGGUGGUUUAGGAUCAGUGUCACAGAUGCCCCGACCACUUCUACACCGGACCUGAAUUUACCUGUGUUUUCAUCGGCAGUCCCAUCAACCUUCACACCAACAACAACACAGAAUUUAAGUUCCAGUUCAAAAGGCUCCACAACUCCGGACACUGAGACAACUAGAGAUGUGCUGCUGUACGUGGGUCUGACUCUGCUCGUCAUGGUGAUAAUAUCACUGUCUGUGCUGAUAAUUUACAGGAAGAGGACCUCUAAGGCCAAAGACACUCCUGUGGAAACAGAGACCAACCAAGUGUAUGAGAACAUCAGAGAGGACAGACGGAGCAGAUCUCCUCCUGUGGACAGCUCUUCAAUUCACACUUACGCCGUGUAUACCAAACCGAAGAGAGCUGGAACCAGCGAUGACUUCAGCACUGUCACUGCAGCUCGUUCUCAAAAUACAGCUGAAGAUGAUUCGAGUAGACUCACAUAUUCAGAGUUGAAUUUUUCCAGCCAGGCCGUCGGCUCAUCCAGCAGCGCCCUCCGUGGUGACAGCAAUACCGUUAUCUACUCAGUUCCUCUGGUGUAAACAAGCUCUGAAGCCAGCCGUGCUGAAGAUCAUCUGUCAGUGUAUUCCACUGCUCCAACGCUGCCGCAUUUCUUUUACUACUUCAAUGUUUUAUGGAGUUCAUUUUAUAAUAAGUUAUUGCAACGUUAUUAAUGUAUCAUAACCACAGUAAGUUAUUUAGGGUUAGACAAAAAAAUUCAUGUUUGAGGUAACACUUUAUUUAAAUAGUCCACCUGGUAUUUGUAACAUUUUACAAGCUUAUUUUUAGUUGACCUAAAUGAAUCUACGUUCAUACAUUGUCAAAUAAACUCUAUGGUCGGGCUGCAUGAUUAAUCGAUUCUUACAUCUUCGCAAUCUCAUCUCUAACUGACGACGAUUCACUCGCUCCUAUUUCCCUGUGCAUUCAUGAUAUCAUUCAUAAUAUGCAUUCAAAUACUGACGCAAAUACUGAUGUUUGUCAUUCGGAGCGAACCAACAACUCAAAGUGUCGGUAUUUGACAACCUGAGAAUAAGACUCAACAAUCAGCUAUCUUUGUCCAGAGCUGCACCUUAAAAACAGCCUCAGAGGAUCAGGGCAUGAUUAAGACCUGAACACAAGCUGUAUUAACAGAGCCCUCACUCUGCAUUAGAAAGGGACGCACUUAAAACAGCCAGAGAGUUAAUAGAACAAUGGCGAAGCAUCAGGGGAAGAAAACUCAGAAUUUGUCCAAAAAAAAAAAUCCUAUUGAGUAUGUUUGAUUGAUAAAAAUCAUUAACAAAUGACAUAAUGCAGACAGAGAAUUGUAUUAAAAGUUCCUAAAAGGAAAACUCAUCUCAAACCUGUUUUACACUGCCUGUUCGUGGUGGGAAUAUCACGCAAUUAUUCCGCCUCUCUGUGCUGUGUGUUAGGUGCGAUCACAGAAUGGGAGGUCAUCGUUGUCUCCCCUCUGAGCCUGGAGCUGAGGUAGUAACAGCGCUGAAAUGAUGUCUGUAUAAACGGGACGGGAUCAUGGUAGACACAGGUGUGAUGUUUUGUUUUGUGUGAGAAUCACUGUGGGAGAUUUUAAAAGCAGCUGUUAGCAGUUAGCAGCUAACUCAAAGAAGAGCAGUGGCUGGAAAAACAAUGAGGUCCAGGAGCUCCUUAUCCUCCGAGCCCCGAGCAGAGGACGGGAUCAGCAGCCAUAUAACAGGGACAGUAUAUCAUUGUUGCCAUGUUAUGUCAUUGUUAUUGUUUAUAAAGCACUCCUGACUGAAUGUUAUAUGUCACGCUAGAGGUCGACACUUUUGAUUGCAUGAUGCUGGGAUGCCGUCUAUAAUCACACCCUGAAGCUGCAUGAUGCUGUGGUCAGUUAGCUCUGUGCUCAUUUCACACAAACUUCCUGCAGUUAGUGUGUUAACUGUUGGGGUUAAUUGUACAGUUUAUCAGUUGUUCCGUUCUGUGAUUGUUAUGCAUUGAAUGUAACAUGAAAUAUCUAUAAAUCACAUCCCUUAGUGAGGCGUCAUCAGUUUACUAAUGAUAGAAAAGAGGUCCCUUAAAGCAAAAGGUUGGGAACCACUGCUUUAGUAUAGUGCUUACCAUUAACCUGUCUGAGUUGGGGUGUUGUGUAUAUUUGGAUUUGCACCUCAUUGCUAAUGUUGUUUUUUUAAAUAGUAUUUUAUAUUUGCACUCUAAACUGUAUAUGUGCACUCUUUUUCUACCUUGCAUUGCAACUGCUGCAC